UUGACUCAUUCAAACCUUAAUCUUUUUUGAUAUCCCCAAAUGGAGCAAACUCUAACUUCAUUCCUAAUUACACUAUUACAACUUUUUUUCAUAUCAUUUCUCAUCCAAGAUGUUGAAGGGAACAUCGGCGUAAACUAUGGCACGGUGGCUGACAACCUACCACCCCCGUCAAAAGUGGCACAUUUCCUCCUCGAUUCCACCAUUAUCAACCGUGUCAAGCUCUACGAUGCCAACCAACAAAUCCUACAAGCGUUUGCUCACACUGGGAUCGCGAUCACUGUUGGGGUCCCCAACAACUUAAUCCCGUAUCUCGCAAAUAUCAACUUCUCCCAACAAUGGAUCAAAAAUAACAUUUCCCCUCACAUCCCAGCGACUAACAUAGUCCGCAUUGUCGUUGGAAAUGAAGUCCUUUCCACCACCGAUACCUCGGUCUCAUCUUACCUUGUUCCCGCCAUGCAGACACUCCACGCGGCUCUAGUCCAAGCAGAUCUUGACCGUAAAAUCAAGGUCUCAACACCACACUCAUUAGGCAUUUUAUCGUCUUCAAGCCCACCUUCAUCCGGAAAAUUCAAAGAAAAAAAUGUACCUUUGAUCAAACAAUUACUUGGGUUUUUACGAGCCACAGGUUCAUCAUUCAUGAUCAACCCAUAUCCAUUUUUCGGAUACUCUGGUGACACAUUAAACUAUGCCAUGUUUAGACCAAACUCUGGAGUUUUUGACCAAGUGACUAACAAAAAAUACACAAACAUGUUAGAUGCUCAAUUAGAUGCUACAUAUACAGCCAUGAAGCAGGUAGGUUUUGAGGACGUUGAAAUCGUUAUAGCCGAGACAGGGUGGCCGUCGAAAGGUGACCCGGGUCAAGGUGGUGUUGAUAUGGAGAGUGCUCGUGAAUUCAAUGGCAAACUUAUUAAACAUGUUAUGUCAGGACAAGGAACACCGCUCAUGCCCAAUAAAAGUUUUGAAACUUAUAUUUUUGCACUUUUUAAUGAAAACUUAAAGCCCGGCCCGACUUCAGAACGAAAUUUCGGGCUCUUCAAUCACGAUAUGACACCUGUCUAUAAUGUUGGUAUCUUUAGACACUCGGUUGAAACGACAUCACCAUCAUAUGGCGAUCCAGUGAAAGGAGUACCAACAAGGUCACCGGUUGCAAAAACUGAUGAACAAAAAACAUGGUGUGUUCCAAAAACCAGAGCUAGUGAAGAGGUUUUGCAAGCAAAUAUUGACUAUGUGUGUGGGCUGGGGUUCGACUGCCAGCCCAUACGUGAGGGUGGGAGAUGUUUUUACCCUGACUCGGUUCAUGCCCAUGCCGCGUAUGCCAUGAACGUUUAUUACCAAGCCACGGGUCGACACGACUAUGAUUGUGACUUUAGUCGAACCGGACUUAUAACUUCAAGCAAUCCAAGUUAUGGAAGAUGUAAAUAUUAACUUAAUUACAGCAAUAAAAUAUCAAGAACUCAAGAAGGAAUGUCUACAUAAUUUCCAGUGUUGUACUAUGAGUUUUAGAACAUGUGAGAAACUUUAUGGGGUUUGUUAUCUCUAUGUAUAUAUACCUACUACCAAAAUAUUUCCUUUCUCUUUAAAUUAAUUAGAAAUUCUCAAUGUGAUCUAAAGAUUUUGAAUUUUUGAGUAAUCUACU